AUGUCAAAACGAGGUGCGGAUAAGCCACUAGACUAUAAUAACUGGGACGCACCAGAUGUCCCUGAUAAAGCUGAUGUUUUUGAAAAAGCAGACGAAGCUACAAUAAGAGCUCGUAACAUCAUUGUUGCACGGAGGAAGUCUGCUCAGCUCGUCACACAAACCAAACGGGGUCUUUUCAAAUCUCUCGAUGUAUUUGGCGGAUAUAAAGACACCACUACGGCUACUCCUGUUAUUUCAUCUUCAAAGACAGAAACAAAGGAUGAUAACUAUUUAUCAAAAUUAGCGAUCUUAAAUAAAGAAGUGUCUGCGUGGAUUUCUAAACAUGUUUCAGAGGAUCCAUACUGCAUCCUAACUCCCAUUUUUAAUGAUUACGCCAAGCAUCUUGCUUCGAUUGAAUCAUCGACAAAUACGUCCCCGCCGUCGGAACCUGAUGCACAAUCAAACACUACUGUAUCUGAAAAUAAAUCGGCAUCCGUACCUGCUCCUUCAUCUUUAAAGCCGGCAGCAUCUAAUGGAUUCAACUUUAGCUUUCAGCCCACGUCCUCCUCCGGGUCUUCGGAGGCUCCCAAACCUGUAUUCUCAUUUGGGCUGGCAACUUCAAGCCUUACUACUAGCCAAUCAUCUGCAACCCCGAUAUUCUCUUUUAAUCCCACGUCACUUAAAACAGACGACUCAAAACUUAUUCCGAGUGAACCAGCUGAUAACGAAGAAUACGUUCCGCCGAAACCCGAAGUAAAAGAAAUAAAGGAGGAAGGUUCCGUAUUUACAAUUAGGUGUAAGUUGUUCUACAAGAAAUCAGAUCAAUGGACUGAAAGGGGAUUGGGAAAUCUUCAUAUAAUUCCAUCUGGUGACGACAAAUUUCAGCUUCUUGUUCGUGCUGAUACCAACUUGGGAAAUAUUCUUUUGAAUAUCAUGGUGACGAAGGACAUCCCGAUGCAACUGCAAAAAAACAACAUCACCUUCGCUUGCGUUCCUUCACCCCCACUGCCUGGUGCUUCACAGAACGACGAAGCUACCUCAUCUCCCCGUCCUGUACCAAUGCUCAUUCGCGUAAAAAAUGAUGAAGCUGCCGAAAAUCUUUUGUCUGAAAUCGAAAAGCAUCGGGGCAAGAAGUCUGAUUAA